AAGCACCAAGCCAAAGUUGUUUCCUUUCCUUCACUUAAAACCUUGAUAAUGUUAGCUAGUAGUGGCUCUCGUAUUUCACAGCACUUGACAAAUUGUCACUACAAUCAGAAAACCCAUUUAGGGUUAGGGUUUUGCAACACAAAAAUUCACAAAAGUUCCUACCUUUCUUUCUCUCUUUUCAUGUUGAAACCUCCCUCUUUUGUAACGAUAUUUGGUGGUGAUAAUUAUAGGCAUAAUAAUUAUAAUCAUUGGAAGUAUGGGUUUGUUUCUUUUUCAAGUCUUCAAUCAAAAUCAUCCUCAGGAGAAACUCCCAUUCUUUCUGAUUGUGUAAGCCAGCGAGAUAACGAUUCUGAGCUUCCCUCUGAAGGAUUGGCCUCAGUAGCAGGAGGAAUAGUAGCACUAGGAAAGUUUGACGCCCUUCACAUUGGCCAUCGAGAACUUGCAAUUCAAGCAUCAAAGGUUGGAGCCCCAAGUCUUCUAUCAUUUGUGGGAAUGGCAGAAGUACUUGGUUGGGAGCCUAGGGCUCCCAUAGUUGCCAAAUGUGACCGAAGUAGAGUUCUUUCUUCUUGGGCCCCAUACUGUGGCAAUAUGGUCCCAGAAGAGGUCCAAAUUGAAUUUUCAUGCGUUCGACAUCUCACCCCGCGACAAUUUGUUGAGAAGUUAUCUAAGGAGCUUGGAGUAAUUGGAGUUGUGGCAGGGGAAAACUACAGAUUUGGAUAUAAAGCUGCUGGUGAUGCCUCCGAGCUGGUGAGACUGUGCGAGGAACAUGGUAUGGGGGCUUACAUUAUAAGUUCUGUGAUGGACAACAAUCAAGAUUACAGAAGCAUGAACUCAAAUGAUCUAAAAGAUAGAGGACAAGUCUCAUCUACCCGUGUUCGUCAAGCUUUAGCUGUAGGGGAUAUGAAAUAUGUGUCAGAACUUCUAGGUCGUCAUCAUCGUCUCAUAUUGAUGUUGAAAGACCAGGAAGAGCGUACUAAAACUAGCAGUGGAAGGAGGGUCUCAGCUCCAAAGUCAUUUCUAUUGAAUCUACCCCCAAAGGAUGGUUUCUACGAGAACUGUUCUCUCAUAUUCGGUACUAAGAAUCCAGUAACAUGUAGAGUAUUCAUGGAUACAACGCAUAUCCAUUUAGAAACGGACGAGGCAGAUCCUUUUGAUUUCGAGACCGAUCAAGAGCUGCAUCUCUUGGGCAUAGAAUUUGGUGAUUCCAGACCUGAUAGAGCUUAAGCAUAUCAGUCCUCACAUUAGUUUUUGUUCAUUGAAGUAGUUUCAUCUAAUCGAGUUGGAGCCCUUUGUAACUAUUCAUUAGUUCACAUUCACUUGUAUGCUCAAUAAUUUACACAUACAUACACAUUCUUUAGCUAAAAACUGGAAUUCUAUUUGCUGAUUC